CCCCCCAUUUUUAAGCUUUCUACUUCGCUGAUCUUUCUGAAACUGGAGCGAGAGAGGAAUUUGAAAACAACACACACAAAAGGGAUUAACAGUUAAAAAGCAGCGAUGGAGGGAAAAGCAGCUGGUUUUGCAAGAAGGCACAGCAUGAGUCGUCCAACAUGUGCGUAAUGAGGAGGAAAUCUGGGAUUCUUUAGUGCUUCGCAUCACAGAUUCUGGGGAUCUCUCUCUAUAUAUAUAUCUACACAAGAAAAAGUGAGGCCCUUCUGGGCUUCUUCCACAAUGUCUGGAUCUACCCAACCUGUGGCGCAGACGUGGCGAGGGAGUGAGCCCCGUUAUCCUUCUCAUGCCAUGUCCUACCCGGUAGCAAUAAGUCAACAGCAUGUGGAUGUGGGACUCUUGGAGUAUCAGCACCAUUCCAGGGACUACCCUUCCCACCUUCCCCCUGGGUCUAUCUUGCAGCCGCAGCGGAGGAGGCCGUCCUUACUAUCGGAGUUCCAGCCAGGGAAUGAAAGGUCGCAGGAGUUGCACGCCCGAGCUGAGUCACAUUCCUACCUCUCUGACCUGAGCAAACAGUCGGAAAUUGAGUUCAUUGAGACGAAACGGCCCCGGCUGGAGCUGCUGCAAGAGCCUUUGCUAAGACAUUCACCUCUGCUCAGUCAGCAGGGAGGGACGGAGGAUCUCUCCAAGGAUCGGGGCCUAACCGGAAAACUGGAGCCGGUUUCACCAGCCAGCCCUGUCCAUCCUGACUCUGAACUGGAUCUGUUGCCAUCCAGGCUGUCUAAGGAGGAGCUGAUCCAGAACAUGGACCGCGUUGACCGUGAAAUCACCAUGGUUGAGCAGCAGAUUUCCAAGUUGAAGAAAAAACAGCAGCAGCUGGAGGAGGAAGCAGCAAAGCCACUGGAGCCAGAGAAGCCCAUCUCCCCUCCGCCUAUUGAGUCCAAGCAUCGCAGCCUGGUCCAAAUAAUCUAUGAUGAGAAUCGGAAAAAAGCAGAAGCCGCACACAGAAUUCUGGAAGGGCUGGGACCUCAGGUGGAGUUGCCACUCUACAACCAGCCCUCAGACACAAGGCAAUACCAUGAGAACAUUAAAAUAAACCAGGCAAUGCGGAAGAAGUUGAUCUUAUACUUCAAGAGGAGAAAUCAUGCUCGCAAGCAGUGGGAACAGAAAUUUUGCCAGCGCUAUGACCAGCUUAUGGAAGCCUGGGAAAAGAAAGUGGAGCGCAUAGAAAACAACCCCCGGCGCCGAGCAAAGGAAAGCAAAGUACGUGAAUAUUAUGAGAAGCAGUUCCCAGAGAUCAGGAAACAGAGGGAACUCCAAGAGCGCAUGCAGAGGGUAGGACAGAGGGGCAGUGGCCUCUCCAUGUCUGCGGCACGCAGCGAACACGAGGUGUCAGAAAUUAUUGAUGGGCUCUCGGAACAAGAGAAUCUGGAGAAACAGAUGCGACAGCUUGCCGUCAUCCCUCCCAUGCUGUAUGAUGCUGAGCAGCAACGCAUCAAGUUCAUUAACAUGAAUGGCCUCAUGGACGACCCCAUGAAGGUGUACAAAGAUCGGCAGGUGAUGAACAUGUGGAGCGAGCAGGAGAAAGAAACCUUCCGAGAAAAGUUCAUGCAGCAUCCAAAGAAUUUUGGCCUCAUCGCUUCCUUUUUGGACCGGAAAACGGUGGCAGACUGCGUCCUCUACUAUUACCUGACCAAGAAGAAUGAGAACUAUAAGAACCUGGUGAGAAGGAACUACCGGAGGCGUGGAAAGAACCAGCAGCAGCAGCAGCAGCAGCAGCAGCAACAGCAACAGCAGCAACAGAUGCCCCGUAGCAGCCAAGACGAGAAAGAUGAAAAAGAAAAGGAGAAAGACACAGAGAAGGAGGAAGAGAAGCCAGAAGCAGAAAACGACAAAGAGGAACUGACAAAGGAGAAGAACGAGGAUACGUCUGGCGAGGACAAUGACGAGAAAGAAGCCGUUGCUUCUAAAGGGCGCAAAACCGCCAACAGCCAGGGCCGGCGCAAGGGCCGCAUCACCCGCUCCAUGGCCAGCGAAGCCAACAGCGAGGAAGUGGUUGCUCCCCAGCAGAAUGCAGAACUGGCCUCUCUGGAGAUGAAUGAAAGUUCUCGUUGGACAGAGGAGGAGAUGGAAACGGCUAAAAAAGGUCUCCUUGAACAUGGACGUAACUGGUCAGCCAUUUCCAGGAUGGUGGGAUCCAAGAGUGUCUCCCAGUGUAAAAAUUUCUACUUCAACUACAAGAAGAGACAGAACCUGGAUGAGAUCCUGCAGCAGCACAAACUGAAAAUGGAGAAAGAAAGGAAUGCAAGGAGAAAGAAGAAAAAAGCCCCCAGCGUCCAAAAUGAGGAAGCGGCCUUCCCUCCAGCAGCCGAAGACGAGGAGAUGGGGCAAGAUGGGUCAGGCACCAGUGGCAAUGAGGAAGAGAUGGCUGAGGAUGCAGAAGUUGCAGUAAAUAAUAGCUCGGACACAGAGAGCCUCCCUUCUCCAAGACCAGAAGCCAAAGAGAGCACAGAGAAUGGACCCAAACCAGCUCCAGACACCAGAAGCAAUGCUGGAGAAGAACCGGCUGUUAAGAUGGAGGAAACCACUAGUUCCCCAGAAGCAAAUCCUGCCACCACCCAAGCAGUGGAGGAGGAGGCCCCUGAACCAACUUGCACUGAAGAGAAGCCACAAGAGGAGCAAACAGUUGAUGUGGUGAAAACGGAAGAGGCAGAGGAAAAGCCCAAGAGCCCAGAACCCAGCAGGGGUGAAAUAAAAAUGGAGAAAGGAGAGGUCUACCAGGAUAAGGACAGUGACCAGAUAACAGAAAACAGCAGCAGCAGUGGCAGCACCAGCAACAGCACCAGUGUUGUGACAGGGGCUGAGGGAGCACCCAAAGCAGAAAAGAAGGAGAACCACAAAGCUGGGAAGGGUGCAAAUCCUGACAGCGACUCCAGUGCCACGUGCAGUGCCGAUGAGAUGGACGAGCAGGAUGCUGGUGACAAAAACAAGCUGAUCUCUUCCCGGCCCAGCCUCCUCAACGCAACUAAUGACACCCGGCUCAGCUCCUCGCCUCAGAAACCACUGGACUUGAAACAGCUGAAGCAAAGAGCUGCUGCCAUCCCGCCCAUUAUUUCAGAAGGUUUACAGGAGGGAGUGCUGCAGAGCGGAAGCCUGAAGUCUCAGGUGCCUCAUCACGCUUUGGCCCUUUACCAGCAGCAAAUCACCAUGGUCCACGAAUCUGCCCACGAGGACUCUGCACAGAGUAAGCAGCUGCAGCUGCAGCAAGCUGAAAAGGAUCCCCCGCUGAGCAGCAGUCCCAGGGCCCAGAGCAGGAGCCCAGCUGUUGUUGAUAAAGAAGAGAAACCAGUGCAUUUCACCUCCCUCCCGGAGGGGCCAAAGCUGGUUGGAGAGCCCUCCAUCACGACCUGCUGGCCUCCGGUGCUUCCCUACCAAGGUUCAAGGGAUCUGAUCCGAACCUCUCCACACACUGAGCCUCACGUGUUUCAGUAUAAUCCUCCAGGUCACUCAAUCUCCUUAAACAUGCAUGAAGGUUCUCGGCCGGGCUUCCAGAGAUUGUCCGCCAUCUCCAACCCUCCCCCCCUCAUCUCUACCAAGCAUCCUUCUGUUCUUGAAAGGCCCCUUGGCUCUAUUUCCCAGGGGGUGCCUAUCCAGCUCCACACUCCAUUCAGCUCUGAGCAUGCAAAAGUCCCCAUUGGCUCCAUCGGCAUGGGCCUUCCUCUGACUGUGGACCCCAAGAAGCUGGUGCCUUUCCCCGGAGUGAAGCAGGAACAGCUCUCUCCUCGCAGCCAGGCUGGCCAGCCAGAAAGCUCAGUCGUGCAGACAUCGCAGGAGAACUCCGUCCUUCGGGGGACGUCCCUGGGCUCGUUGUCAGGAGGCAGCAUCACGAAAGGCACUCCAAGCCCACGGCCACCAUCGGAGUCUCCCAUCACGUAUCGAGGAUCCAUCACACACGGUACCCCAGCCGAAGUGCUGUACAAAGGAACCAUUACCAGGAUAAUCGGAGAAGACAGCCCCAGCAGAGCAGAGAAAGUGAGGGAGGACGCCUUGCCCAAGGGACACGUCAUUUACGAGGGGAAGAAGGGACAUGUCCUGACCUACGAUGGUGGUGCUGUUGCACAGUGUCCCAAAGAGAACAGCAGAAACUCUGGAGCCCCACACGAGACCAUGGGCAUCAAGCGGACCUAUGACAUGAUGGAAGGGAGAGGAUCACGGGGUUUAUCUGGGCGUGAGCUUCCAUCCGCUAGCAUCGAAGGUCUAAUGGGACGAGCCAUCCCACCCGACCGCCACAGUCCCCUCAAUUUGAAAGAACCGCAUCACAUCCGGGGCUCAAUCACGCAAGGAAUACCUCGAUCUUACGUGGAAGCCUCCGAGGACUACCUCAGAAGAGAAGCUAAGCAGCUCAAGAGGGAAAGCACACCUCCGAGGGACUUAUCCGAGGCCUACAAGGUCAGGCCUCAUGAGAGCUUUACCCCGUUGAAAAUGAAAGCAGUUCAUGAAGGCCUUGUUGCCACUGUGAAGGAAGCAGGAAGGUCAAUCCAUGAGAUUCCCAGGGAGGAGCUGAGGCGCACGCCUGACAUCUCUCUGAUGACGAGGCCUGUGAAGGAGGGCUCUAUUACCCAGGGUACCCCGCUGAAAUAUGACAGCAACACUUCGGCAAGUGCCAAAAAGCAUGAUGUCCGUUCCAUUAUUGGAAGCCCAGGGAGGACUUUUCAUCCCCUGCAUUCCCUGGAUGUCAUGCAGGACCCAAGAACUCUGGAAAGAGCUUACGGGGAGAGUUUAAAAAGUGCUUACGAGGAGAGUUUGAAAAGCAGGCCCAGCCCAGUGACAAACUCUGGCGGCUCCAUCACGAGAGGAGCCCCUGUGAUCGUGCCUGAGGCAGGGAAACCUCGCCACAGCCCUCUUGCCUAUGAGGACCACCAGGCAGCCCACGGGACGGCUUUCAGCAGCCACUUGCACCGAGGAUCCCCAGUCUCCACGAGGGAGCCAACCGCCCGGCAGCAUGAAGGGAGCAUCGCUGCUGGAAAGCCUGUAUCCCAGGACAGAAAGAUCACCCCAACGCCAAGAGAAAUGGCCAGCUCCAAGUCGCCUCAUGCUACCCUUGCAGACCACCACCCCCCCAUCUCUCCAUAUGAGCACCUGCUCCGGGGAGUGAGUGGUGUGGACUUGUACAGGGGACACAUUCCAUUGGCCUUUGACCCAGCAGCUAUUCCCAGAGGAAUCCCCCUGGAAGCAGCAGCCGCUUAUUACUUGCCAAGGCACCUCGCUCCCAGCCCUACGUACCCCCACCUCUACCCACCAUACCUAAUCCGCGGCUACCCAGAUACGGCUGCCAUGGAGAACAGGCAGACCAUCAUCAACGACUACAUCACCUCCCAGCAGAUGCACCACAAUGCUGCGGCUGCCACUGCAAUGGCCCAGAGGGCAGACCUGCUACGUGGCCUGUCUCCGCGAGAGCCCUCGCUAGCCCUCAAUUAUGCAGCAGCAGGAAUAAUUGACCUGUCUCAAGUGCCACAUUUGCCUGUGCUUGUGCCCCCCACCCCGGGCACUUCUGCUGCCUCCAUUGACCGGAUCACAUACAUCCACAGUGCCCCCCAGGCUUUCACUAGCCGACACAGCAGCUCUCCACUCUCCCCAGGAGGCCACACACACCUGACCAAGCAGACAGGACCUUCAGUUUCUGAACGGGAGCAAGAACGAGACCGAGAGCGGGAGAAGGAGCGCAAGAAGUCGGUCUUAGCAGCCACAACCACUGUGGAGCAUGCCCCCAUCUGGAGACCAGGCACAGACCAAAGCAGCAGUCGGCCGUCAGCUCACUCUCACAAUCACAAGCACUCCCCUGUCUCGCCCCGCACCCAGGAAAACAUCCAGCAACGCCCCAGCGUGUUGCAUAACACAAACAUGAAGAUGAUCCCUUCGGAGAACCUUGCCCCCUCAGUUCUGCGAUCCACCUCCUCCUCUGCUACCACAUCCCCAGUUCGCUCCUGAUACUCAUCGGUAUCAUCACUGCGCAGCUCCGUAGGUGGGUUGGACAGCUAUACCUCUAUGAUGGAUCCUGCCCACAUGCAGAAGGGGGCCUCUAGAGCCCAGGAUGUCAAAGCGGAGCGGCCUCAGGCAGACAACCUGUUCUCCUCCAAGCUGCCUGCUGGUGGCGGCCUGGAACAGUCGCCUUCACCUGUUAAAGCCAUGGAGCCCAGGCCUUUAUCCUCCUCUGGGCCAGGUCCAACCCACCUGUAUAGCAGAGGACAGGGGAAAAGCCACCCUCAGCACCACCCGCCCCUGGACCAGUCGCUGCACGCGUUUCGGCCAGUUGAGCAGCCCAGUAGAGGAAAGAGUAAAACCUUUUUACAGGAGCAGGAGCUCCGAGCACUCGGUAAGACCACCAUGACAGCGGCCAGCUUCAUAGAUGUGAUUAUCAUGCGGCAAAUUUCUUGCGAUAAGGGGAAGCGAGAGAGAAGCUCGCUAAGUAACGACGCCAAUAGCGAUGGUUUCCAUGGAAGCUACAGCCCUGAUGGCAUAGAAGCAAUAAGUCCCGUGAGCUCGCCCAGCACGCUCCAUGAGAAAGGGGCAAAGCCAUCCCAGGAUGCUGAGAAAGGGCGCGGGGCAGAGCAUGACCCGCGGCUGAAGCAGCCAGGUUCUCUUAAGCCUUCUGCGGCAGAAAUCUCACAGAUACAGCAGCUCCACCAGCUCCCUGAAGACCGGCAGUCUCCGAGCCAGCCAUUCCAAGGGUCGCAGAGCACCAAAGGCCACCAGCGGGUCGUCACGUUGGCUCAGCAUAUCAAUGAGGUUAUCACCCAAGACUAUACGCGCCAUCAUCCCCAGCAGCUUAACUCCCACAUCCAGGCCCCUAUGUACCCGUUCCCAGGGUCUGUGCUGGAUCUUCGGCGAACUCCUAGUGAGGCUUACAUUCAGCAGCAGCAGCAGCAGCAAAUGGAGCACAUCCCUGCUUCAAGAAUCUCCUCCGAAAGUGAAGAAAGCAAGAGGUCUCCUGAACAGAUCAGAACACCUGCUCCGAACAACUGCAUAGAGCCCGUCUCUCCACCAGAUGGGGUGGGAGAAGCCGAUCACAUGCGAAAUGCCGCAUAUCCCAUCCUGUAUCGAGAAGGGGAACAGCUGGAGCAGAGGAUGGGCUCCAAAUCUCCAGGAAACAACGUGCAACCACCAGCCUUCUUCAGCAAACUGACAGAGAGCAAUUCUGCUAUGGUGAAGUCCAAGAAGCAAGAGAUAAUCAAGAAACUGAGCACGAACAGCAGGAGUGAGGCAGAGUACAAUGUCGGGCAACCUGGAACAGAGAUCUUCAACAUGCCGGCCAUUACUGGAACAGGAGGAGGGAAGCCAAAGAUUGCUGCCAGAGCCAACAGCCGCAAGGCCAAGUCGCCAGGACCAGGCCUGUCCUCCUCUGAGAGGCCGCCAUCUGUGUCAUCUGUGCAUUCAGAGGGAGACUGUAACAGAAGGACACCUCUCACCAACCGCGUCUGGGAGGACAGGCCGUCAUCUGCAGGUUCAACGCCAUUUCCCUACAACCCGCUGACAAUGAGGCUUCCCACGGGCCUGGUGGCAGCUGCCCCACCACCUCCUGCCUCCGUCCCACAGGGCAACUCCAACAGCCAGCACCACGGCUGGGAGGAGGAGCCCAAGCCGCUGCUCGUCUCGCAGUACGAGACCCUCUCGGACAGUGAAUGAGAAGGGAGAAGAGGAAGCGAGACGGAGAAAAGGCCCAGCAACAAAUGGACAGAUAUUGAUAGGUUGCCUGUUGAGUUAGCCCAAGGGCUUGGGGAUUGUGGCUGGCUGUCGCAGAGUGCGGCUGUCCUAGGCCAGCCGCAGGAGCAGCACUGUUCCAGUCAGCUGAUACUAUUUGUCACAUCUGGAAGGGGAGUUGGAAAAAAAGUCUCUUCAGUUUUAAAGCCUUAAAAAAAAACACCAAGCAAAUGGAACCCCUCCCAAUCCUCUCUCCCAAUUUGGUGCUGAUACCUUGAGCCAUUGCAGCAAGAAAUUAAACCAAGCUAAGGGGGGGGGGGCAGCAGUGGGGAGCCCUGAAAGCUCCCCCAAGGGACUGUAACCAGUCGCUGAAUCUCGGUUACUAACACUCAGGGGAUUCCAACUCAGUCCUUCAGCCCAGAAGAGAGAGGGGGGAUGGGGGGCCAUUGGGAGAAGGUGGUGUGUGUGCUGCUUGCGUGUUCCCACCUCUGUGGCCCAUCUUUCCUCUGCACACUGUAGUGGCCUGUUAAUCCAGUACUUGAAAAUAGGAUUCAUUCAGCCGCCCCUUCCUUCAACCUGCCUCUUUUUUUACCUUCUCAAGGGGUUUCACCCAUGGAGUCGCAUGUUGGUCGUGUAGGCAGAUAAAUCAGAGCGGCCCUCUGGAAGAAAGUGUUGGUUUCUUCUGUUUCUCACAGUUAAAUAAGGUCGUUUCUCUCCACCCAUAGAGAUAUAUGGAGGGGAGCUUCACCUGAACUUUCAACAAAUACAGAUUCAGGCAGCAAUGCUCUAGAUGCAGGAGCCAGAGGACAAGCCAAAAAAAGGAAAAGAAAAGGAAUGAUUCCUUUGGAGAAGGGAAUGCUAGGUUUGCAUUGUAAUUGAAACGAAUUCCUCUAUAUUGGCAUUAGCUGCAGAUAGAGGGGGGUGGGAGUGAGGGAAGCAGCUGUUUUGAGUAUGUUGUUUCUUCAAAACAACGCUGUGUAUAUGGUCUACAGGGUAUAUUUUUGAUACCUUUGGCAAAUGAUGUGUUUGCGCAAGGAAGGACGUUAAAAACAGUGUUAUAUGCUGCUUUUCAGUCUCUGCUCCUGUACAAAGAGGAUUUCUAUGUUG